AUGUACAGCCAGAACCCCAAUGAUGUCUGGGACAACAUUUUCCAAGUCGAGCCGCUUUGGAUGCGCGAGGCUGCGAAACUGCUCAACGCCAAUCAGCUCAGCAACGACUGGAUUGCCCUGGCCAAGCGACUCAGCUACUCAGAGCGGGACGUGGCCAAGUUCGGCGAGGAGAUCAGUCCCUCGCUGUCGCUGCUCAAAGACUGGUACGAGAGCAACGGGCGAACGCGCUACUGCAUUGACGUGCUGGUCUCCUGUCUGCGAAUGCUCUCUCGAGAUGACAUUGCCUCGCUGAUCGAGUACGAGCUGGAGCCGGAGAGCACUUCGCCGCCCAUCUUCCUCAGCUACCAGCGAGACUCGCAGAAACAGGUGCUAGAGAUUCGGCGCAAGCUGGAACUGUCGGGCUUUCCCUGUUGGAUGGACACCAGGUACGACCAUGGCCACAAUGUUCUAAGCCGACAGGUGGGCGCUAAUGCAACUGGUAAUUGGCCGGGUAGUUCAAUGAGUGGCGGUGAUUCGCUGUACGGGAAAAUCUACGAGGGCAUCAGCAGAGCGAAGGUUUUCAUUUGCUGCCUUACGCCUCGCUACGUGGCUUCGCCAAUGUGUAACCGAGAAGUGACCCUUGCGGAUGUGCUGCACAAGCCCAUUCUUCCGCUGAUCAUUGAGUUCACACCAUGGCCGCCACCGGGCGCGAUGGCACUCAUUAUGAGCUCCAUUGUGUACAUCGACCUCUGUGGAGUGGGCAGUCACUCUGGCAUCGGCAAGAUGCAGGACACUGAGACGCGCUUUCGCGAGAUACUCGACCGCGUCUCUCGGUACAUCUCCGGGUACAGCGACAUGCCGGUGGUCUCCUCUCGAUACCUGCAGCUGCCGGACCUCUUCAACUCUCGGCGCAGUGAGCCAGGGCCAAGUGUGCCCCUGAAUGCUGCGGCGCUAGUGCGACAGGCGAGGCACCCUCCUCGAAUAAUCACUCCACCGCAGGACCAGUAUGUCAUCACCGGUCGUGUGGCCACCUUCAUCUGCUCGGCUAUCGGCAGUCCACCGCCGACCAUCGAGUGGCGCAAGAAUGGCCGCCGCUUAAUGACCCAACGCUACACUGUCCUCGACAUUCCCAACGGUUCCGUCUUGCGAAUCGAACCAGUCAAAUCGGGUCGGGACAAUGCUUCCUAUGAAUGCUUGGUCGAAAAUGGUGUUUCGGAACCAGUUCGCGCUACUGCCUUGCUGCACGUCUAUUCAGAUGAAGAAGUCCCCAAAGGCUUUCCGACGUUCAGUCUGCAGCCAAACAUGCAGGGAGUGGAGAAGGGCAGGAACGCCCUCAUUCCAUGUCGAGUGACGGGCGACCCUGAGCCGACGAUCACCUGGCUGAAGGAUAUGAUGCCCAUUGACAUGAGCAAGCCUCGAUACUCAAUGUACCAAGGCGCCUCGCUGCAGAUUCUCUCCGCACAAGAGGAAGAUCAAGGCCAGUACGAGUGCGUCGCCUCAAACACUGCCGGUACUGCCUACUCAGAGCUGGCCACCCUCUUCGUUCGAACUCGAAUCGUCGCCCCCUACUUCUCAAUACCACCAGAAAAGGUGUACGAGGUAAUGCCGGGCAACAAUGUCAACCUGACUUGCGUCGCCGCCGGCUCUCCGGUGCCCUAUGUCAGCUGGAAGAAGGGCAACAUUGAGCUGAACAACAAGGACAACCUGCCCAUUGGCAAGAACGUGCUGACACUGACCGAUGUACAGGAGUCAGACAACUACACCUGCAUUGCCACCUCCAAACACGGCUUCAAGGAGGCCGUCGCACAGGUCAUUGUCCGCUCACUGCCUCGGGCGCCGACGAAUGUGCUCGUCUCUGAUGUGACGCCCACCUCAAUUCGCAUCUCCUGGAACUAUGAGCUUGUCCCUGAGAACAUCGUCUACUUCAUCAUUCAGUAUAAGCCAAAGAGUGCCAGUCAGUUUCAGGAGAUCAGUGGCAUCACCACAUCAUUCUACAUUAUCAACUCACUCACUCCCUACACUGAGUAUGAGUUCUACAUCAUAGCUGUCAACUCAAUUGGUCGUGGCCAACCUUCUACUCCGCUUUCAGUGACCACGGGCGAGACCAAACUAGGAAGUUAUCCGCGAAACGUGCAGGCACGACCGCUGAGCAUGAACACCAUCGUCGUUCAGUGGGAGCAGCCUGAGGAGCCGAACGGCCAGGUGACCAGCUACAAGAUCUACUACACCACCAAUCCCACACUGCCAAUCACCGCCUGGGAGGUGCAGACGGUGGACAACAACCAACUGACGACCAUCUCCGACCUGCAGGAGCAGUCCAUCUACUCGAUACGGGUGCAGGCGCACACCAGCCGAGGCGCAGGACCUAUGUCGCCGCCGGUGCAGGUGAAGACCCAGCAGGGAGUGCCCAGUCAGCCGCUGAACCUCAUGGCCACCUCCACGUCGGCCACCACUGUGCAGCUGAACUGGAACAAGCCCUCGCACACCGGAGAGUCCAUCGUCGGCUAUGAGGUCUUCUGGAAUGACACCUUCACCAAUCAGGAGUACAAACGUGCCAUUCCCGACGUGGAGACGUACACCCUCGGAGAGCUCUACCCUGACACACUGUACUACGUCUGGGUGGCGGCCAAGUCACGCCGAGGAGAGGGCGCCUCCACGCCGCCAAUUCCCGUCAAAACGGAUCAAUACGUCCCCGGUGCCCCUCCACAAGAUGUACAGGUAGUUGCGCUGAGUUCGAGGUCAGCUAAGGUGGAGUGGCUGCCUCCGCCUUCUGAGAAGCACCACGGGCAGAUCAUAUACUACCGAAUAGUGUACAGACUGGCCGACCCAAGUAAUGCCACAGACACGACCCCACUAGAGAAGGUCUUUGCACUUGAUGGCAACUCACAGAACUUGCCCUAUUCCACCACUAUUAGCAACCUUAAACAGUUCACAAAGUAUGAGGUGCGAGUGCUGGCAGGCACCAAAAUUGGCAACGGCCCCUGGUCAGUGCCAGUGACUGUGACUACCGAAGAAGACGUUCCUGGCGAGCCAAGAGAAGUUCGAGUGAUUGCCCUGAACAGCUCUUCUAUGAACGUCAAGUGGCUGCCCCCGGAGUCAAAGGAUCAAAAUGGCCUCAUUCGCGGCUACCAGAUUCACAUUCAGGAGGUGAACUCAUUCGGCGAGGUGACCGGUGACGCCAUUCGAAUCGACGUCGCCGACGGCAUGGCUGAGGAGUUCAACGUCACCUCACUGCAGCCUGACACUGACUACGCCGUCCAAGUGGCCGCCGUCACUCGAAAGGGCGACGGCACUCGCAGCAAACCCGUCAACGUGCGCACCUCCGGCGGAGUGCCCUCCAAACCAGAGGUUUCCAUCAGCUUCCUCAAGGACGAGCCGCAGAUGAGCGUCAGAGUGUACUGGAGACCACCGAACAACACCUUUGGCCCCUUGACGGAGUACAAACUUCGAUACGGACGGGUGGAUGACUCGGUUCGAGAUGAGAUCAUCAUGCCGUCCAUCGAGUCAAGCAAAGUACUGGAGAACUUGGAGCGCGGAACACGGUACGAGUUUAAGCUGUCAGGUCGAAAUUCAGUGGGCUGGGGUCAGGACUCCAUCACGUACCUCGACACGCCCGAAGGAGUGCCAACGGCACCGCCGCAAAACCUCACUCACCGACUUCAAAGUCCGACCACGGUGGUCUUCACCUGGGACCCACCGCCGUACCAGCUGCAGAAUGGAAAAAUCUCCGGUUACGGUGUUCAGUUUCACAAGAUGGUCGAUCUGACGCCAACAGAGUACAACACAACUCAGACGAGAAGCAUUUACAGUACUUUGGAUGAAAACACCGAGUACACCUUUAGAGUUUGCGCUUACACUGCCAAAGGCGCCGGCCCAUGGACGGAGAAGAUCCAAAUAAUGACCCCCGGAGAUGCACCACCGGCGCCCACUAACGUUCAGGCGCUAAGCACCUCAGAGACAUCAGUGGAAGUGUGGUGGGAUGAGAUGCCCUUCUUCAAUGACAUUCUCGGCUACACUGUCCUCUACACACAAAUCGCCGUCGAAGACCUCGAUCUCUGGUUCAGAAAGGAGGUCUCUCUGACCUGGUCGGCAGAGCUGACCGGUCUUGAGGUGAAGACGAUGUACGCCAUUCGCGUGGCCGCCUUCACAAACCAAAGUCUGGGUCGACUCUCUGAGCUGAUCACCGUGCGCACUGAUCCCACUGAUGUGCCGCUCAAUCUGCAGUCCACUGAGGUGACCACGCACACUAUGACGUUAAGUUGGAAGGCGCCCAAGAAGCUAGAGCCGAUCAAGUACAAGCUCGCCUACGGAGCACACAAAGAGUUCUACGACAGUCAGGGACUGCUACAGCGUCUUUCAGUGGAAACAAAGACCAUCUACGUCACUGCUGACGUGACCGAGUACAAGAUAACCCGACUGAUGCCCUUCACGACGUAUGCGGUGAACGUGACGGCCAUCUCCUCUGACGAGCAGUUCCGCCCUGCGGCCAAGUUGAUUGUGACCACUUCAAUGGCCGCUCCGAAGCCCAUGGUUAAGCCGGACACUAUUGAGUCGAAGAACAAACAGCUGAUAACGGUCAUUCUGCCGCAAGCAUCCGAAGAGUUGGGUCUGAUUAGUCACUACUACCUAGUCGUAGUACCCAAACAGGAGGGCGAAAUCGUGAAAGAGCCUGACCAGUAUACCAUCGAAGAGCUUUCCUCUACGCCAAUGGACAAGGUGGGCCCGUACAUCGCCGCAAAGUGGAUGCGUAGGUCCAUACCAAACACCUUUUCAUUGGGCGACGGACAGAAGUACAAUGGUUUUAUAAAUCGAAAACUGCAAAAGGAAGUUGAGUACCGCAUCUUUGUCCGAGCCGUUGUCGACACUCCACAAAAGAGUCUUUUCACCAGCUCUCCCUUUUCCGACUUGCUCAGUUUGGAGAGAAGUAACAACAUCAACAUGGAGUCUCCCACUCGAUAUCCCAGUACUAAUCCUGACUCUAAGCGAGUACCACUUCCAAAGCCAAUGCCUGAUCGGUCUGGAAUCAUACUCAUUCUCUCCGUUGUUCUGGCCGUUAUGGUGGUAGUUAUGACCAUUGGAUUUUGCAUCAUCAAACACCGUCGUCAACUGAUCAAGACUCCAGCAGGUGACACCUCAAUGAAGCUGUUGAUGAACCCAAUUUCUAAUCACGAGCACAUCAUCCAUCCAUCCGAUCCUGUCGAGCUACGGCGUUUGAACUACCAGACGAGUGCAAUGCGUGACCACCCGCCCAUCCCCGUCACUGAGCUGGCUAAUCACAUUGAAAUGCUGAAAGACAGCGACAACCUCAAGUUCUCACAGGAGUACGAGUCCAUUGACCCGGGACAGCAGUUCACCUGGGAGAACUCCAACCUGGCGGUGAACAAGCCAAAGAACCGCUAUGCAAACGUCAUCUCCUACGACCACAGUCGCGUCGUCCUGCAGCCCAUCAACGGCAUACCGGGUUCUGACUACAUCAACGCCAACUACUGCGACGGCUAUCGCAAGCCGAACGCGUACAUUGCCACGCAGGGACCGCUGCCGGAGACCUUUGCCGACUUCUGGCGCAUGGUGUGGGAACAGCGGAGCACCUCCAUAGUGAUGAUGACCAAGCUGGAGGAGCGGACGCGCAUCAAGUGCGACCAGUACUGGCCGUCGAAGGGCACGGAGACGUACGGCGACAUUGAGGUGACGCUGACCAACUACGAGGAGCUGGCCACCUACUGCAUACGCACCUUCACACUGAAGCGCCACUACGACCCCAUUCGAGAGGUGCGCCAGUUUCAGUUCACCGCCUGGCCGGACCACGGCGUCCCGCGCACUCCGACGCCCUUCCUCAUGUUUCUGCGUCGCGUCAAGUCGAUGAAUCCCUCGGACGCCGGUCCGCUGCUCAUCCACUGCUCGGCAGGCGUCGGCCGAACUGGCUGCUACAUUGUCAUUGACUCCAUGCUGGAGCGCAUCAAGUACGAGGACACGGUGGACAUUUACGGACACGUCACCUGCCUGCGAGCACAGCGCAAUUACACCGUCCAAACGGAGGACCAGUACAUCUUCAUCUACGACUCCGUUCUGGAGGCGGUUAUUGCCGGCAAUACGGAGAUUUCCUCACGGAAUCUCUUCAACCACAUUCAAAUGCUGAUGCAAAUCGUGCCAGGUGAAAACUGCACCGGAAUGGAGCUGGAGUUUAAGAAGAUUGCCGCUAUGAAGGCCUCUGUGGAUGAGAACAAGUUUAUCAGUGCAAAUUUGCCCUGCAACAAGCACAAGAAUCGUCUGAUGAACAUUCUUCCGUUUGAGUCGACGCGUGUUUUCCUGCAACCGAUUCGCGGCGCGGAGGGAUCAGAUUACAUCAACGCCAACUUUAUUGACGGUUACAAGUUUAAGAACGCCUACAUUGCCACACAGGGCCCGCUGAUGGAGACGACGGAUGACUUCUGGAGAAUGAUCUGGGAGCACAACUCCAACAUAAUUGUCACGCUCACGCAAACGCAGGAGAUGGGUCGUGAGAAGUGCUUUGAGUACUGGCCCUCAGACCGGUCACAGCGAUACUCGUAUUUCGUCGUCGAUCCCAUCACCGAGUACAACAUUCCACAGUACAUUCUACGGGAAUUCAAAAUUACAGACGCCAGGGACGGUCAAUCGCGAAUGAUCCGCCAGUUCCACUACGUUGAUUGGCCUGAGCAGGGUGUGCCCAAGUCAGGCGAUGGUUUCAUUGAGUUCAUCACUCAAGUGCACAAAACUAAAGAACAGUUCGGCCAUGAAGGACCGAUUACAGUGCACUGCAGUGCUGGCGUCGGUCGAACAGGAGUGUUUGUUGCAUUGAGCAUCGUCCUUGAGCGUCUUCAGAAUGAAGAGGCAAUAGACCUGUUCCAGACAGUGCGCACCUUGCGAACUCAACGACCAGGCAUGGUGCAAACUGAAGAUCAGUACCAGUUUUGCUAUCGUGCCAUCCUCGAGUACAUUGAAAUGACCGGAUAA